CUAUAGAGACCAUAGCUUCACGACAGCUCUUUCGAUUUACUUCAGCUAUACGUAUGGCUACUGCGGCGUCCACGAUGACCGAGGCGGAAGCGGCGGUGGUGUCUGAUGCCAUGCCGCUACCGUUACCUCCGGCAAAGGAUAUUCCUUCGACGUUUUUGUCCAGUGUGAAGAGCUGGUGGUCUGCGGGGGAGAGGGAGAGUGCCGCAAGUGAAGAGAGACUACUGAGGAAGCUGCCCUACUUCCGUUCGACGGAAUCUGCGACGCCAACAUCUGCUAAUCAUCCUGUUGUUGCCACAAGUACUCGGGUGGAACUCAGCAAUCCGAAACACCACAUCAACACGUUCUCUAUAACUCCGAACGCCGCCUCACCCUCAGCUCCCCCGCCGGCUGUUGUCCUGCAUGGGUACGGUGCCGGCCUCGGCUUCUUCUUCCAGAACUUUCCUGUCUUAGGCGACUGGGCAGGCAGGCGGCGCACCUCGGUCUUCGCGGUAGACUGGCUCGGGAUGGGGAGAUCUGCUCGAGUGCCCUUUGCUGUCAAGGCAAAGCGCGACGAUAUCGAUGGGCGCGUGGCCGAGGCAGAGUCGUUCUUCAUCGAUUCCCUGGAGGAGUGGCGGCAGAAGAUGGGACUUGAGCGCAUGACCCUCAUCGGGCACUCGUUAGGCGGAUACUUGAGCAUUGCGUACGCUCUGAAGCAUCCGACUCGUGUGAGCAAGCUCAUCUUGCUCUCGCCUGCCGGCAUACCGCGAGAUCCGAACACGACUGUGUACUCGAGGGAAGUCGCCGACUUGCAAGUCUCUGGGGACGACGACCACGCGGAACCAGCGAGCGCGGAGGACGUGAAAUCCAUGCGGUCUGGUCAGCGAGCUGAACAGCGCAAGGAGAGCCGCUCCAGGAAGUUGUUCACCUACCUCUGGGAGGAAGGCUGGAGUCCAUUCCAAGUUGUUCGUGCCACAGGACUUUGGGGUCCAUUGCUUGUCGGGAAGUAUUCCAGCCGACGUUUCAUUGGCUUGGGUAUGGAGGAUACCCGAGCGAUGCAUGAGUAUAUACUCAACAUUACCCUGAUGAAAGGCUCUGGUGAAUACUGCAUCUCCCACCUACUGGCUCCGGGAGCACAUGCGCGACGACCUAUGGUCGAUCGAGUUCACGAUCUCAAGAUCCCUGUCACCUUCAUCUACGGCGAUAACGACUGGAUGGAUCCCGAGGGCGGUGCUAAAUCUGUUGAGAACCUCCGCAAGUCAGGCAAUGGUCAAGGCAGGAUGUACAUCGUCCCACACGCCGGACACCACCUCUAUCUCGAUAACCCCAAGGCUACUAACGAUCUGUUAAUCAAAGAGCUAGACCGCGACUUGCGCGCAUAGAGUGGCAUAUGCCUCUUCAUGUAGAUACCCUCACGGGGACUUUAGGACGUGACCCUUGCAUUAACCAGUCUGUGCAUCGUAUGUUCACGGACACGCGCUCAUUUGUCCUCGUCUAUUGUAUAAUUUCUACUGAGUCUGAGUGUAAUCUAGAUCUCCAGCCGACACAGGCUUUAAUCUAACAUGGUCAGA